AGCUAGAAAGGGGCGGAACCUGACACCGCGUAGAUCUUGCUGCCACCGCCGCUGUCAUCGCCGCUUCUGCCUUUGCCUGGCUCAGAGAUGGCUGUGGGGAGCCCUGCGGGAGCCCCCGGUGGCGCGGAGGGGAGCCGUCAGAUGUUUCCUCCCAAGUCCUCUUCAGACACAGAGGCAGAAGACGAGCUGUCUGGGGCUGGGCUGGUUCUGCCCAGGGCUGGCAAACUUGAUGAGUUCCUCAGUCCAGAGGAGACAGAUUCUACUUCUGACUCAACUGGGAGCUUUUAUGAGACCCUACAGGUACUAAAGCAGAAAGGCAGACAGUGUCUGUUGGAGUCUUUCUUUCAGUCUGACCCAGACAGUGAUGAGAACGUCACUGAAGACGAGGAGGACCUGGAGAAGUUUUUCCAAGACAAGGGCAGGGGGAAGCCACAGGUCCAGUGUCCUCGGUCUCUGAGGUGUGGCUCUACAAGGCGCUGCAGCUCGCUGAGCAACCUUCCCUCUGACAUUCCCAGGGCUCAGACCCAGCCACCGUCAGGCUCUGGGCCUCCCUCCCAGCACAGAAGUGUCAGCUCCUGGGCAUCGUCCAUCACUGUCCCUCAGCCGUUCCGCAUGACGCUGCGCGAGGCCCGGAAGAAAGCCCAGUGGCUGGGCUCACCUGCCUCCUUUGAGCACGAGAGGCAGCAGGCCCAGAAGCAGGGCCAGGAGGAGGCCGAGUGCCAUCGGCAGUUCCGGGCACAACCUGUGCCUGCGCAUGUCUACCUGCCUCUAUAUCAGGAGAUCAUGGAGCGCAGUGAGUCCCGAAGGCGGGCAGGGAUCCAGAAGAGGAAGGAACUGCUUCUUUCUUCCUUGAAGCCCUUCAGUUUCCUAGAGAAGGAAGAGCAGCGAAAGGAAGCUGCUCGACAGAGAGACUUGGCUACCACAGUUAAGGCCAAGGCCCCUAAGCAGAAGGCCACCAGAAGGAUCCCCAAGUCCAUUCUGGAGCCAGCCCUCGGGGACAAACUUCAGGAAGCUGAGCUCUUCAGGAAAAUUCGCAUUCAGAUGAGGGCCCUGGACAUGCUCCAGAAGGCCUCCUCCCCUAUUCCCCCCUCUAGAAGCCAGGCUGACCAACAGCCCCGCACAGCCACCCGAACCCGGGAGGAAAAGCUCGGGUUUCUGCACACGGACUUUGGAUUCCAGCCUCGGGUGAAUCCUGUGGUCCCUGACUAUGAGGGCCUUUAUAAGGCCUUCCAGAGAAGAGCUGCCAAAAGAAGGGAAACCAGAGAGGCAACUCGCAACAAGCCCUUCUCAUUGAGGACUGCCAACCUGCGUCAUACUCAGCGGCCCUGCGAUGCUGCCACCACGGGUGGGAGCAGGGAUUCCCCACAGCCACCAGCUACACCCCUGCUGAGGGAUCGUUCUCUGAGUGGCCUUGCUUCCCUCUCUGCCAACACCCUCCCUGUGCACAUCACAGAUGCCACCAGGAAGAGGGAAUCUGCAGUCAGAAGUUCACUUGAAAAAAAGGGCAAGGCAGAUGAGAGUAUUCAGUGGUUGGAGAUGCACAAAAAGAAGUGUCAAGCGAUGUCUAAAUCUGUGACCUUACGUGCAAAAGCCAUGGAUCCCCAUAAAAGCCUGGAGGAGGUGUUCAAAGCAAAGCUGAAAGAGAACAGGAACAAUGACCGUAAAAGAGCAAAAGAGUAUAAGAAAGAAUUGGAGGAAAUGAAGAAGAGAAUACAAACAAGGCCCUAUCUCUUCGAACGAGUUAGCAAGGAUCUUGCCAGGAAAGCAGCAGAACAACGGUAUCUGGACACCCUGAAGCAGGCUGGACUGGAGGAAGACUUUGUGAGGAACAAAGGUCAAGACGCCUGGGCUGUACAAGGGAAGGAAAGGACCAAAGUCAAGGAUUCUCCCAGCAUCCAUGAAACUAUAAAAUUCAGCAUCAGGGAUCCACAGCAAGAUUUAGAAGACUUUCUAGAACAGCCUACAAGUCCCAAGAAAAUGCUGGAGGAGCUGUCUUAUGAAUCACUGGACAAUCUCAAAUCACUUGCUUAAUAAGUACACUUAAAAUCACUGCUUUUGAACAAUAUUCAGCAGCUAACAGGUUUGAGUCAAAGUAGGCAAAACUUGGGUUUUGAGGCAUGGCUACUGUUGGAGAAUGGGGAAGAGUAGCAGAUAACAGGGAAAUCAAAAUGGGGAGGCUCAAGUGAAGGGAUCGUAGCCCAGAGUUAAGAGUUCUUGCAUUGUGCCUCACACUCAGAAUACAGGUACAAAAAAAAGAGCACAAGCCCAGCCACCUAUACAGUGUAGUCAGGAAACAUAAAUGAGUCAAAUGGGGUAGGGCACAGACAGUAGGAGAUGGUAGAGACUGGAGAGGAUAAACUCGGCUGGAAUACAGGCUCAGAGUUACCAGAUCAACCACAUUUUCAUCAAGCCUGAAAUCUGCUUGUAGGCAACUAAUCUAAAAAUUAUUUAGAAAUAUUGUGUAGGCAAAAUAAAACACAUCUAUGUAUCAGAUUUGGCCCAUGGAAGAUGACAAAUUUGCAUCCUCUAGUAGAAGAGUUUCUUAUUCUCAGCACUAUUGGUAUUUUUAGUCUUUUCUGGUGGUGGUGAUACUCCAGUAACUACUGCCUCAGUUUGCUAGUUAGAAAUGACUAGGUUUGCUAGCGCUCUUGUCAUGUUUCCUAAGACUCCUCAGUUCAGUUUUACCUGCAUGGACUCCAAAGGAUAAAGCAGUGCAUUAUCUUAAAGGGAAAGAACUGGAUUAUUUUCUUAAACUCCUAAGAAAAUAAAUUUUGUCCAAAACAAGAGCCAAA